UAUCAAAUACAAAACAUUUUGCACCUCGAUAUAAGAGUCAAAACACAUCUGUAUUGAAAGGCGAGCGCGCCUAUUGAUCAGAAAACGAAGGGAAACAUCCUUGCGGUCGAAAGUCCGAGAAAAACUUGUUGUUCCAGGGACACUGUAAAAGAAGACAGACUUUUAAUGCCAAGCCACAACCCAGUCAAGGAGAUUAUGGAUCGUCGAGUGAAAUUUCCCCACGAUUUGGUUUUCCAUGACAUGGUCAAAGAUGGAGACCCAUCUGAAAUGUGCUCGUUUCUGAAACGGCCAAGUGUUGAUACAGAAAUGCUGGUUAACACUCAAGGAGGCCAAGCAAAUCCAGAUUUUCAUCAGCUUGUCAAAGACGGGAACUUAAAAUGCAUUCGCAUGCUUGUGACUCUGGGAGCAGAUGUGAAUAUGAGAGAUGAGGAUGGUUGUACACCUCUUCACCACAGCGUCACAGCCGGGAAUAUAGCGGUGACGAAAUUUCUCCUUCGUAGCGGAGCUAACCCUGAUAUCAAUAACUACGAUGGCCAGUGUCCUGUUGAUCUAACGGACGAUUUCGACUUGAUCGAAAUGCUGGUGAAGCAUUCACCAGAGGAAAUAAGACGAAAAAGCAUGGCAGCAGCGAAAUGAGACAGAUUGUGAGGAGAGAACAAAUUGUUCAAAUUUUUGUAUACAGAAGGCAGAAUCUGCUUUAAUCUGACUUCUUAACUUAAUGCAAACUAUAGCAGAGCUCCUACGGACGUUUUACUUUAGACAAUUUGAAAAUGCGGUGAUACAAAGACUCCUAUAAAUCGCCGGGACACUUCAGCAGAACGGGAAAGUAAUGGCAACAAAGAGCUGGAAAUGUUUACAUUCAUAUAAAAAGCAAGAAUGCAUUGCUUUUGAUGAGCUUUCGACCUUGUUCUUUUUCGUUAGGCACCGGCUGAUAAGUUCGAGAAUUACGCCGAUCACAAAAGCUUUUUGGCUAAAAAAAAGCGGACAUUUCUAAGGAGGAGUCGAGUUCUAAAUGUGGCUGUCGCUAGCAAUAAAAUGCAAAAUAUUGCGAAAAUUCGCUUCAUCAAGUACUUGUAAAAUAUAUAUUCAAUUAUUCUGAGUGAGGUUAGGGAAAAGGGUAACCCGUUAAAUAUUUAUUGCUCAUCCAAAUGCCGCAGAUUUCCUCGGUGCUUUUAAUUCUGUAUAGUUAACAGCGCGGACUUGCGUUUAUUAGGAAUUAAGAAUUCUCUUGAAGAUGAACCACGCGCCGGUUUUGUCGAUUGAGCAAUCUUGUAGACAUACAUAAGUCAACAAAGUCAAGCGAUAUGUAAUUGUAGAGUUUGGGCUCAUUCACGAUAAGGUUGUUAAGUUAUAUGCGAAUUAAAGGAUCAGUUUAAAACGA